UUCCUCCAUGAGGUGAGACGCUCGGCAGCUGCAGGAGGAGCGAGAGCAGGCGAGACCCUGACAGAAAGUUUCUUCUGCGGGAGCAACUAGAUCCAAUGAAACGACAGUGAAGGAAGGAAAGCGCAAUUUUCUGACGUUAAAAGUGCUGACAACCCCAAAUCAUCACUCUCCACCCACAGAGAGAGAGAGAGAGAGUCGAGCACGACUCCCACUUCCAGAAUCUCAUCUGUUACUCUGACUGCAGGUGCAACUGAUGGAUGCUGUCCAAGCUCUGCUGCUCCCCAGAUUGAUGAAGAGGCGAUGCAGCGGCUCCAUCUGAAGAACCAGGCGGCCGGCCCCUCAGGUGCGUCGGGUCCUCUCAGCGCUUUAAGAGCUUCCCUGUAGACGGCCCGCUGUCCCGACUGGACGAGCCAUCUCUGUGACAGACAACACACUCACCUUUGUUGGAAGCUGUCCGUCUCCUCUCCUGCACCUAUUUUUACUUGUCAAAAGAGACGUUUUUUGCGUUCCCACCGGACACCUCUGACCCACUUAUCCCCCCUCGUACGCUCAGGCGGAAGAGAAAGAGAAACAGCUCCAUAUUUAGCAACGUUAGCCUGCUAACUGUGGGAGACACUGACAUACUCAGAAAGUGACUGUGAUCCCCAGACCAUGUGACGCAUCCUGUCUGCUCUGACUUACGUGAAAUUAACAGCCCUGAUAAUUACCCUCAAAAUAAAGCGCCCCGAGGGGGUCACGUCAGAUACUUGAGAUUUCCACAGCUGCAUGAAAAUUUAAAAGGUGUGCGUGCGCUUGAUGACACGUUGUCGUCCUGGAUUAGAGGCAGAGUUAUCAGGGUCGCGGCGGUAAGACUGACCUAGAUCUAAAAACCACACCAGCCUCUGUGUGAGCACCGCCCCCCCCCGCCCCAAAUGAACACCCUCUCCUCCUUCUCCACUCCACCGCCCGACAUCCAAACCAUCCAGUCGGUGUGCAAGCCCUGCCUCCGGGCCCCGUGGAGGAUGAACGAUGGGCCCACGCUCGACUACGAGUUGCUGCUGUCCCCAGCCGGCUCCUCCCUCCCCGGCGGCAGCGGUGGGGGCAGCAGCAGCCCCCCUCUGGCUUUGGUCGGGGUGGACACGGAGCAGCGCACGGCCUUGGCUUUCGUAGGCCUCCUCAUGCUCUUCCUGGUCUUCCUGCUGGUCAGGUGCUUCAGGAUCCUGCUGGACCCCUACAGCCGAAUGCCUGCAUCAUCCUGGACUGACCACAAGGAGGGGCUGGAGAGGGGUCAGUUUGAUUAUGCCCUGGUGUAGAGGGAGAGGGGGAGGAAUGGUGGCCCGCAUUAAAUGUGGACUUCUUUCCUUUCGUCGCUGGGUUCUUCCUCCUGGUCUAAGUUUGAGGGGACCACCCCUCACGCAGGAGUCGGACCCACCACGGACGGACAUGAGGUGGACUGCUGCCUUAACUGGAUCGUGUUUCAUCAUUGUGUUCCAAAGGUUUGAGACUUACAUCAUGAACUUGGACAAGUGUAGUUUGCGCAGAAGCAGAUAUCCCUUUAAUGGAUUUCACCAGUGUUGGGGUAGUGACUUACAGAAGUAGCUUGUAAAAAUACAUGCCGUUUCAGACCCCCCAACACAGCAUUUAUUUCCACUCAAGGGAAGUACAGAUCAUGUUCUAAAUGUCUAUUAAUGUCAAUGGUAUAAAUGUAUUUGAUUUCAUUUAUGGCUGAUUUUAUUUUUCAGGUAUUUCUGUUUUGUUUGGGUUUUUUUUUUUACCCUCCCUGUAGUGUCCUCCCCAUCUUGCACUGCGGUGUAAACUCUGAAGCUGCGUCCAAAACUAAAAAUACCAAGAAUUGGUAUCCGCACAAACCACGAUCACACUCCCGUAAUUUGACAUAUGGCAAAGCUAAAAUGAAGAAACUGAAGUGGACAUAAUGCUGCUUCAUUAUUUAUCAGCGAGUUCAGUGAGCACAUGAGUUUAACCUCAUCUUAAAUGCUGAAGCAUUUUGGUUUUUUGUUUCGUGAACACCAUGCUCACACCUUCACGGGACUCGAGCUUCAUCCACUCUGUUUCGUCCUAAAGCGACAUCAGGAUUUUAGGGUGCGGAUGUUGUCGCGCGGUCACACCCUGGAAGCAAGAAGCCAUAUUUACGAGACGUAACCUCCCUGAACUAGUUUAGUAUAUUACUUUAGCAGCAACCUUUAGACAACAGAAUGCUUUAUUUUUCUAUUAUUGACUCACGUUUGAGAGUCUCCUUUUUGCUAUCUUGAUGUUCCAGAGUGUAGAUUUUAGCUCCCUUCGCCCCUUUUUUUCUGUUUUUUAUCUACUCAGUUUUGGACUGUUUGUUAUCAAUACACUGUGAGUCUUAGAUGAGAGUAGUUUCUGCAAGAAGACGAAU